UAUCACAGCAAUACGGAUAUUUUUUUUUUUUCAACUUUUCGUAUUGCUGCCAUGAUUACCAAAAACCUGUUUUCAGACACUUUAAGUGUAGCAUAAUUAUACUCCCAAAAACGAAAAUAAAGUUUCGGAGUCGCCUGGCCGACGCCUCUGUUAAUUGUUUUUUUAAAUUUACAGCCUUCAUAUGUACUUUGACAGAUGACAUAUGUCAUUACUUAUUUCUUUUGUAAAAGUAACUCAAGUGUGCUUUAAAUAAAACCAAAACUAUCAAAUCAAUCAGUAUUUAAUUUCAACAGCCUCAGCGCUUGUUACGCUCCUGCCCCUUUCUUACUAUUAUACAGCUCACUCGCCAGCUGCUCCAAACGUUGGAACGACGCUCACUUAGUUGUCAUACGUUGUGCGGUUGUGGUUUGUAACAGAAAAUUCAAGAUGCCUCAAUACGAUUUUUAAAUGAUAUCUGAGUAUCGAAAAGUUGUCUGAUAGAGAAGGUGCUACACUUAAUUUGUCUGAUAUAAAUUUUUUGCACAUGUGGACAACUUAUUUUAUCAUGUCCAACAAUUUUCAGACAUAUUGCUAUGAUACCGAUCGGUAAAAUUUGUUAAUAUUUUCAAAACGGUCUCAAAAUUUAAUGCGUUCACAUUUCCGUCUGAAAAUUGUUUUGUUCGCAUCAAAUAACCAAAAUUUACUAAUAAAAAAGAUUUUCAGACGUAUUCCUAUGAGACAUUUUUUAUUUUUUUAAGUGAUUUUACGGGUUUGCGCUACACCACAUAGUCUGAAAAAUAUGUUUCCGGUAUCUCAGAACUAUCAUUCAACUACAGUCUGCAAAUCAGACAUAUUGCUAUGAUGCAGUUUGGUAAAAUUCUUUGACAAUUUUGAAAAUUCGGUCAGAUCAAACGCUACCCGGAAAAUGUCUGAUAUUGGUAUUUUCGAGUUCAAGAUAAUCGUAUCUAUCGAUUUGAUGCGGUUUUGGCCGUAUUGCUAUGAGACAAAAAUUUUGGUCGUGGGCUCUCGUACUAAAAGGAAUAGGAAAAAGAACUAAAAAUAAGUCAAAAUAUGAUGCAUCAAAAAAAGGAUAUCACGACUGAAAGCAUAAUGGGAAAUAUUUGUUGAAAUAAUUCCUUAGCGUCUUUAGAUAUCAUAAUCCCAAAUGCAAAUAAAAUAAUCUUAACGGAUUUAUGAAAUGGGAGUUGUCUAAGAAUGGAAUUAAAAAAUUUAAAUUAAGGAAACACAGUCGACUAAUUUAUUAGUAGGUAAUCAUAUUUUUUAUCUUUUGAGCUUAAAAUAAAGCGAUUUAAGUGAUUGAAUCAACUUCAAGUAUGUAUGUUGUUCGUAUGUUUUGUUUAAACUAUAAGUAUGUAAUUAUAUUUCAGAAAGAUCGUGAAACAUUGUUUUAUUCAAUGUUAAAGUGAAAGCGUGAUAAAUAAUCUCAACAACAUGAAUAAAUAAUCAAUUCGAUAUAAAGGGAUGGACUCAGCGUUCUCUUUUAGAACGUCCUCUCCUUUUCUUAAACUUUAUGUUAAUUACAAUACAACGUAAUCUCAAAAUAUUGCUUUUAUACCGUGCACUUCACUAAAUUCCGAGCAACAAAUGACCGCAGUCCGCACACCGUGUGCGUUGAGUCCGUGACAAGUCCUCGGCGAACAUUUUGUUCAUAAUACGGGGACAAAACUCCUCCAAAAUGUACGUAAUGUGGACAAAAGUACGUCGUAUGCGCCGGCCAUGAACUGAUUUAAAAAAUUCUUUUACCAAUAGAAAUCCACGGUAUUGGUGAGUGUUAUAUGUUAUAGGGUACACUAGAACAAAAACUGUAGUCUACACCGAAGCGAAGCGAGGGCGGGCCACUAGUUAGAUACUCUUAUAAAAGCGAUGGAUAGAUAACUAAAUCCUUUUGCUUAUUAAACAUUUAAUUUUUAUAUUUCCAUCAUAAGGGAGACAUAACAUUACCCAUAGGUGUUAAAUUGGUGGUCUGAACUAUGAGCAAUGCUUAAACACGAAGUCUAUUCUCAGUCGACAUUGAAACGGUAAGGAACACGUCAGCGUGGCAAGCAAAAAACCAUGGGUUUCAUCAGAUUGCAAAGUGUGUUUUUCGUAUUUUUCCUUUUAAAAGUUGCAAGUUCGGCACAUAUACUCGUAGUUUUCUCUUCUUUGUCUUUUGCUGAUCAUCUAAUAUUUAGAGGUUUUGUAUCUCUCCUGACCCAAAGAGGCCACGCUGUGGUUCUGAUGACACCAUACCCCGGACAUUUUCAGUAUCCCGAUUCUGAGAAAAUAGUAGAGCUGGACGUCGGUGGGGAAUCUGCGCCGUUUUGGGAAGAAUAUAAAGAACUAUUGCUAAACACGGACGAUCACUUUCCUAGACAAAGAACAAUAAACGAGCUCAUGUUGAAAAUAGCAGUAGCACAGUUAAGAUCAAAGCCGAUGCAAGCACUCUUUAUUAACCCGCAUAUAAAAUUUGAUUUAGUGAUAACGGAGGCGGAUGUUCCUCUUUUGUACGCAGUUGCAGAAAAGUAUAGUGCUCCUCACAUUGCUCUUACUACAACUACUGGUCGCAUACAUCAACAUGAAGCGAAAGGCAAUCCAGUUUAUCCCACUUUUUACUUGGAUGUGAACACGCAUUAUGACGCUAAAAACAUGACUGCAUGGCAAAAAGUGACAGAGCUCUAUCGUUUAAUUAGCACGAGAAAUGAAUAUUUUUACAAUUAUUUGCCCCUAUGCGAAUUGGCUGCUAAGAAAAUUUUGGGCUUGAGGCGUGAUCUCUUGGAAGUGGAAUAUGACAUAGACCUUUUGAUAAUUGCCAACAAUCCCGCUUUAGCUGGGGUAAGACCGUUAGUUCCGGGAGUUGUUCACGCAGACCGUAUGCAUAUCAAAUCCGGAAUAUUAGCACCGGAUUUAAAAAUAGCAUUGGACACUGCUACAAAGGGAGCUAUAUACUUCAGUUUGGGGGCGAUGCAAGACUCGGAAAAUCUAGCAGCACCAAUUCUGCAAACGCUCAUCGAUGUUUUUGGUGAACUACCAUUCACUGUAUUGUGGAGAAUGGGAAAUACUACCGCAGUGAACUUGCCGCGUAAUGUGGUAGCGCGACCCUGGUUUCCACAGCAAGAUGUUUUAGCUCAUCCAAAUAUGAAAGCCUUCAUUACUAGUGGUGGAUCACGAUCUCUAGAGGAAGCAGUUUAUUAUCUAGUGCCAAUUGUUGGUUUCCCACUGCAAAGAGCGAGGAUACAUUUUAUGAAGCAAAUAACUAGAUUCAAUGCAGGUGAAAUAUUGGACCCGUACGAUUUAGACAAGGAAGCAAUGAAAUCGAUUAUCCUAGCAGUUGCGAACAACGAGAGUUACAAUAAAUCAAUCACAAACUUGAGGGAUUUAAUUAUUGAUCCUUCAAUAUCUGGACCUGAAAAAACGAUAUGGUGGAUAGAAUACGUUUUGAAGCACAAAGGUGCGAAGCAUUUACGUUCUCCAGGUGUUGGAGUAGGAUUUUACCAAUCUUUAAUGCUGGACUUACUGUUUUAUAUCAACAUUGGAAUCCUUUUGAUUUUGUUUUUAAUUUUAAUUAUAUUGCGCCUUAUCGUGAGAAGAUUACUCGCCCGUUUUUUAGGCGAUACCGAUCUAGACAGCAAAUACAAAUUGUUAUGAUAAAAAUAAACUAAAUGUGACAUAAGUACCACUUGCUCUUAAUAACUAGGUACCUAUUUACUAGUUUAUUUUCAAAUAAAGGUAUCUCAGUACCUAAGUUAUAAAAUGUUUUAUUUCAUCAUAUCAGACGUUCGACACACACUGAUGAGCAUUAGCCGAUCCCACGGACCCCAGAUCGAUUGGUCCUGCUGUUCAUUAGAUCGACAGUCCAUCUUGUGGGUAUUAAUAAAAGCUUAUUGAGAUAGCUGACUGGAUUUAGGUAUUUAAGUACCAUGGACUCCGAUACAUACCUUGCAUGCUAAGACUACUAAGUUUAUGUUGUAUGAAAAAAACCAAGAAAGAGAUGUUAACUGAAUAUUUUUAAUUUAAAACAGUAUAAAUAUGACUGUAUAGACUAAAUAGCCUUAGCCUUCCUUGAAUGAGAGUAUAUAAAAAAAGUUGUCAAUGUCAAAUACAAUCUGUGUCUUCGUUUUUGUUUGUUGUCAAAAAAAAAGUUGUCAAUGUCACCGCUGCGGGGAAUCGGCGAUGCCCACUUCAGACGUCUCGGGUGCGCGUCUCGUUUACGAACGAGACGGUCGUUGGGGCUGUACCCGGGGGUACAGCCUCCACUUCUUCACAGUUUACUCAUCGCCCUCGGCGCGGUCAAGCCCACCGGGUGAGACCCAUGAGGGAGGCCCAGCGAGCGGGCGACGGACUUCAGCGGGUGGGGGUGGUGUCUUGUGCGGGGGUGGGUGCGGAAAAAGUUUUGUCGGACUGCCCGAACUUUUUAACAAAGUCCGCGAGCAAGUCCGAGAUGUGCAGCAGGAGGCGUGUUGUCGCUUCUUGGGCGGGCUGUGGCUGAUCUUGGGUUGUGGUGGUGUCAUCUUUGGGCUGGGCGUCAAGUGGGGCGUCCGUCGGCGGUGUGUUACUCGCACGACGGGUCCUUUUGCGGCGGCGUUUUGGGCGGCUGGUGUGCGAGGGAGGAGCGUUCGCGGGGGCCAUGAGUGUGGCCGGCGUGGGCUCGCUCACCUCGGUAGGCGGCUGGGUCACUUCUGUUUUGGGGCGGCCAGUGCGGGCCACUGUUGUGACGCGUCGAUUGCGCGCCUCGCGCUGGAGCGCGGGGUACGAGCUGUGGUUGGCGGGGUGCGCGCCCGCGCAGUUCACGCAAGUCGCGGGUUGCGCAAGCGACUGGGGGCAGUCGGCGGCGGCGUGCGGGUCACCGCAGCGCAAGCAAGCGCGCGGUGACAGCCGAGGCUGGAGUGGCGGAACCCCUGGCAACGGUGGCACUGCGCGGGGGUCUUCCUCCCUCUCCAGGCUUCGAUGUUGAUCCCGGACAUACUCAGGAGGUUACUCACCGAGUAGAUGGCCGGGAUGAUGUCAGGAGUUCGGCGGAGUGCAGCGUAGUAUAGGCUUCCGGGGCGGCCUGCUCGCGCCCGGAUCUACUUUGCGUAUUCGACCAUGAAGCCCUUUUCAGCAAGGGCCUCCGUGAUAUCUUGCGGCGUGGUGUCAAGGGGCAGUCCACGGAUUGCCACCUUGAGGCAGCGGUCUUCUGGGCGGGCGUGCGAGUACCAGCUCAGUCCGGCCUGUCCCUCCAGUCCGGAGAGGUAGGCCAGGACGAGCCGGCCCUCGUCGUUGGCGGCAGGUGAGAAGCGCACGCCCGUGCCAAACGGGCGUACGCUGGGUGGUCGUCCAAGCUUCUCAGGUAUAGCGCGCAGGUGCUUCGGCCAGUCCCGCAGCUGCUCAACCACAAUCGGCGGGUGUUUACGGACCAUUGGGACGUGGGAGCGCCCCGAGAGGGCCUUGGUUGCGUGUCCGGCGGUGGCGCGAGUCGCGCGAUUGUGUCGAGCGGGAGCGUCUCUCGUCCGGAUUUAUUCCAAUCUCGUAAUACUUCUGUGGCGGCGGCAGCACGAGUGAUCGAAACUUUAUAUAAUUACAUGCCUCGAUCAGUCUCUCGUCUUCGGGGCUGCGGUUCGUGGUGCACGCUUCGUUUUCCUCCAUAAGGCGGAUGUACGCCCAGAUCUAGUCCGUCAACUUCUGUGACAGGAGACCGGAGUCGAUGAGACGGGACGACAUCGCUGCGUCUAAUUCAUAUUGGACGCGAGGCGAUCCCGUACCGCUCUUCCUGGCCGCGAAGAGGGCCUUUAUCUGGGCCAAUCCGGUGUCUCCUUGGGGGUUUGGUAGGGGUGGCGUCCAGUAGUCGGCCAUUGAUGCGAUGGUGGGCAACGUCUGCGCGAUCUUGACCGAGCGGCGCCUUGCGGUGCACUCAGGCCUGCGGCUGGGUGAUGUGGUGAUCCACGCUGGCGCGGAGGAGCCAGGCAGUGCUCGCGGAGCAGUAAAGGAGGCUUUACUUCGGAGCACUUAGGGUAGAACAGAUUGGUGCGCAGCGACGUAGAUACAGUCCAAUGUCAAAUACAGCCCUCAAAUGUAGCCCUCUAAAAUAGUGGUGGGGAAGGUUUUUGGCGGGAUUUCAUCGAG